AUGACGACAAAGCAUCGACUCCCGGAGUCGAUGCAACAAGUUCCGGGCUGCACGAAGCAGGGCGAUCAAGUCGGGCUUGAUGACGCGUACCCACGGGUACAAGAACCCGCCGGCGGUCGCCCGCAGACUAGAAUGUCUGCCGGCAGAAUCAAGGAAAGUUCGUCCAUGGCCGGGCCUGGACGAAACGCACGUGAAUCAGGGAUUCACAAGAAGAAGCGUGCGACGGCGCAAGCAAAAGACGUUGCGCAAGUCUCGGUCAGGGACCGAGACUCUUCAUGGUGUGUCUGCCGGGCAGACACAAGUACCGACAGUGGCCGUCGAGACGUUGAACGUCUUGACGUAGGCCUGUACUGGUACGAGAGGAUGGAGUUGGAGAACCCUCAGACUGAUUCGUCGGGGUUGACCUCGCUUCCAGUCAUGAGCUGGAAGCGCUUCGCUAAGGACCUGUAG